AUGCGCACUUCCUUACUCACUCUUGGCUUUGCCGCCAGAGCUCUUGCUCAAACAGCUGUCUCUUAUGUGGAUGCCAACACUGGGAUCACGUUCGAGGGUGCAACAGACACCACAGGAUUCCAGUUCGGUAUGGUCAUGGAGGCCAAUGCCACAUCUGACUUCAUCGGACAAAUUGUCAUCCCAAGUACAGCUGGUUCAGGAUAUGGAGGUGUUUCAUUGACUGGUAGUAUGGUUGGCAGUAUGUUGAUUGUUGCUUGGCCCAGUGGAACUGAUGUCAUUGCAUCGUUGCGCGAGACCAGUGGAUAUACUUCUCCAGGUGCCUACGCAAAUGCCACGGCACAAUUGUUGCCGAUUGCAAAUGGUACCUUUGUCAACUCAACCCACAUGUCAUACACUUUCCUUUGCCAAGCUUGUAUUGGAAACACUUAUACUUUAGCGGCUGGUGCUGCUCAGGUCGUUGUUGGAUGGGCUUUUGGUAACGGCACAGUCACAAAUGCUGCCUCUGCUACCGAUGCGACUUUCACUUAUCACGGUACUGGAUAUGGUGAUUUCGGCAUUCAAACUGCCAGUGCUGCAAACGAUAACUACGCCACGUGGGCUGCUAUGGCCAGCGCUGCCACUGCCAGCAAUACAACCGCAUCUACCACUACUACCACUUGCUCAAACACUACCGUAUCAACUUCUAACUCAACCUACGAUUACAUCAUCGCAGGUGCAGGUCCAGCUGGUAUCAUCGUUGCAGAGCGUCUUGCCGAGAGCGGUGCAUCUGUCUUGAUGUUAGAGAGAGGAAACGUUUCCACCUAUGCUACUGGUGGUAGAUCCACUGUUUCAUGGAACGACACUGUCACCCAAUAUGAUGUUCCUUCUAUGGCAUACUAUCUUACAUCCGCUUCUGUCUCUGAUGAAUACUGCACUGACACUGCUUCCAUGGCUGGUUGUAUUCUUGGGGGUGGUACUAUGGUCAAUGCCUUGAUGUUCGUUCGUCCACAAGAGGCUGAUUUCGAUGACAAAUGGCCAACUGGAUGGAAAUGGACCGAUGUCAGUGCAUCCGCCGACAGACUCUAUGAGCGUAACCCUGGUACUACCAACCCUACCUCAAACUCGCAAAGAUACGAUCAAAGCGUAUGGAACGUUCUCUCUUCAUUCUUGGGUAACCUUGGAUGGUCCGAAGUUGAUGCUAUCGAAUCACCAAACUCGAAGACUCUAGCUUACUCUCAUCCACCAUGGGAUAUCCAAGAUGGUCUCCGUGCUGGCCCAGUCAAGUCUUACUACCCUCUCGCCACUGCCAUGAGCAACUUCAAAGCCCAAUUUAAUACUAAGGUCGUAAGAGGUAUCCGAAGCACCACCAACAGUACCACAUUCUCUGGUGUUGAAGUUGAAAACUCUAACACUGGUAUUCGCCAAAUCAUCAACCUCAAUGCAGGUGGUAAGCUUAUUCUCGCUGCUGGAGCCAUGUCUACUCCUCGUAUCUUGAUGAACAGCGGAAUUGGCCCAACCGAUCAAAUCACCACUGUGAAGAACGGAAGCAGCUGUGUUACUCUCCCAGCUGAAUCUGACUGGAUCAACCUUCCAGUCGGAAAGAACCUCAAGGAUCACCCAAUCUUUACCCUCACUUUCAACGUUACCGGUGCUAUGGCUAGCAACUCCACCUCGUUGGCAUCAACUGAUUUCACCUCCCCAAGUACCGCCAACAUUGAUCUCUUCGCCCAACAAACUGGACCACUUGUUCAAUCUGGUCAAAGAUUGAACUUCUGGACUUCCCUCAACACCACCAGCGGAACCAAAUACUUCCAAGGAACCUGUAACUCCCCAGCUAGUGGUCAAAUCCGCAUCAAGCUCUACCUCACCCACGGUUUGACAUCCACCGGUGUUCUCGGUAUUACCAGUUCCGGUGCCACAGAAUUCACCACUAACCCAUGGAUGAACACCGCCGACGAUCAAUCUGCCAUCGAAACCAUUAUCGACUACUUCCUCAAUGCCGCCAAGAAUAGCACCAUGCUUACACCAUCCGAUAGCACCAUUACCGGUGCUUCUUUGGUCUCCGCUGGUACCUACGUUACCGGUGAUCAUUUCACCGGUACUGCUAUUAUGGGUGAGACCAACGAUGGAACUUCAGUUGUCGAUACCAACACCCAAGUUUGGGGAACCGAUAACUUGUUCGUCGUGGAUGCUUCUAUGCACCCUGAUAUGCCAACUGGUAACACUCAAGCGAUCGUCAUGGUUGCUGCUGAGGAAGCCGCUCAGAAGAUCUUGGCAUUGGCUGGAGAGACCAUCUCCUCUACUGCCUCCACGACUUCUUCUUCAUCUUCUUCAGGAAGCAGCGUUGCUUCAGCUCCAGCAGUUUCAAGCGCUGCUGCAUCCGCAUCAGCUGUUUCAGGAGCUACUACAUCUGCUUCCUCAGCAGCUGCUAGCGCUUCCUCUGGUGAUGAUGACGAUGAUACCUGCCCAUUCGGCUAUGAGCUUGAUGAAUAG